UUAUUCCAUUUCUUCAUUAUAAAACAUUUCUUUUGUUUUUUUACAUAUAUUUCUAUCUAAUCAUUAGUCUAAUUUACUUUCUAUAAAAUUUUAUUUUGUAUGACAACUUUACCAUUUACCAAAACCACUUACCUUUGUUCAGUUGACACUUGGAUUAAUUUGAAUGUGACUUAUUGAACCUCCAUUGGACAAUUUACCGGCUAACAACUUAAUUUUCAUCAUUUGCCUUAAAAUAUACUCGUUAUAUUGGAAAUCCGUUGUUUUUGUUGAUGUUUUUUCUCCUCACUACUUAUAACUUGAUAUCAUUGUUUAGACGAGUUGCGAUGAAACAUUGACUUAAUUUAAUCUGAAAGGAGAAAGAUAUUAACCAUUUUUUGUGAAAACAAGUGAAAGAUAAAAAUUUAAUCGAUGAAACGUCCACGAGAUCAAGUUAAUCAAAGUCCUUCAGCUAAGAAAAAAGGCUGGGUGGCUUACCGUCAAAUCCAAAGUAAUCUGAUCUAUUGUGGUUAUCAUUGGUUAAUGGGUCAGAAAACUUCUUCCUUUAAUAAAAGCUGCUCCAAUGGGAGUAACCGUGAUGAUCGGUCAAUUCAUUGUUCUCCAGGAAACUGGUCAACAACUCGUAAACAUUUAACCUCAAAUGGGGGCCCAGGUUACGGAGGUGGACUAUGUGGAACUGGUGAUUGCGGUGAUUCAGGUCGCCCAGGUCGACUUGAUGUUCUUUUAGAUAUGCCUCCUGUUGACAAUGAAGUGAUGUCACAACAUGCCUGGAACCCAGAUGACAGGUCACUCAAUAUUUUCAUAAAAGAUGACGAUAUUUAUACCCUCCACCGACACCCUAUGGCUCAAAGUACCGAUUGUAUAAGAGGCAAAAUGGGUUAUACCCGAGGAAUGCAUCUUUGGGAGAUAACCUGGAAUACAAGGCAACGAGGGACACAUGCUGUGGUUGGUGUAGCCACUUCAGAAGCUCCACUUCAUACCCAAGGUUAUCAGUCACUGGUCGGUUCUAAUACAGAAUCUUGGGGCUGGGACUUGGGCCGUAGUUUGUUGUAUCAUGAUUCCAAAAAUAACACCACCGGACGAACCUAUCCUGCUUACCUUAGACCGGACGAAACUUUUAAUGUUCCAGAUAGUUUUCUAACUGUUCUUGAUAUGGAUGAGGGAACACUUUCAUUUAUCGUUGACAAUCAAUACCUUGGAGUUGCCUUCAGUGGACUUAAAGGGAAAAAAUUAUAUCCCAUUGUUAGUGCCGUUUGGGGACAUUGUGAGAUUACUAUGAAAUACCUUGGAGGACUUGACCCGGAACCGUUACCUCUCAAAGAUAUAUGUCGACGAGUCAUUAGGAAGCAGAUAGGGAAACAGCGUCUUCAUAGACUGCAAACAGAACUAACAUUACCUAAUACUCUUAAAUCCUAUUUAUUGUAUCAAAAAUCAUUAAUACUGUAAAGGAUCCAACCAAGAGCUUUUUAAUAAAAAAAAAUGGACAAUAUUUCUUACAUUAUAAAUCAACAAGUAAAUAGUACAAUUGCAAAUCUCAAAUUAACCUUGACAACAACUAAA